CAGUGAAGAUAAUUUGAGCCUCCGCACUUCCUGGCAGACACUUUCUUUUCUCAUACGUGUUCUGUGUCUUUCUUGACUGCCUGCGGGUUUCACUGGAAACACCAGAUGAUGCCAAUUUGAUUCGGGAUGGCAGAGAAGAGCCAGAGAAGGAGGAACACAAGGAUGAGGUUUGAGCUUUUCUUGCUUCUUCUGGGACUCCUGCUGUGUGCGGUUGGCACAGCUGCACAGGAGGAGGGUGCUGAAGCACAGGAAGACCCACCUCCCAGUGAAGAAUUCCUGGUAGAGAUUUCUGGAACUACAGUGACUAUCACAUGUCCUGCGACUGACGGCAACAUAGUCUGGCAACCAGCUAUAACAAAACCGUCUGACAAUGACAGAAAAUACAUCAUAGAGGAUUAUGACAGCUCCCCUCGCAAUUUGACUUGCUCAUCAGGUGACAAGAAGUAUAACAUGUACCUGAAUGCCAGAGUGUGCACAAACUGCGAGGAGCUGGAUGCGUUAGCUGUGAGUGGGAUCGUCAUCGCAGACCUUCUCAUCACCCUCGGGGUGCUGAUCCUGGUCUAUUACUUCAGCAAGGACAGAAAGGGGAAAACGAGCAGUGGCGCAGGCAGCCGACCACGAGGUCAGAAGAUGCAGCAUCCUCCUCCUGUUCCCAACCCAGACUAUGAGCCCAUCCGGAAGGGCCAGCGGGAAGUGUAUGCAGGCCUGGAGCCCAGGGGCUUCUGAAAUUCCCACGGAUGCCAAGGUGGAAAGGAGUGGCAGAGGGGCCAAGGGCUUCUGGUCCACUUGAUACCGGAUUUCUGCUGCCCGUUUCAGCAUUUCUGCUUU